UGGCCGAUGGAGAAAAUACACAAAAGUAGUUCCAGAUUUUUUAAUUAUUACGCUUCUGGAUAUUUUUACUUUCAGAACCACCAUAUAACAAAAUCGUAUGCAAAUGAAAUAUUUUGUAAUUAAAUUUAGUUUUUAUUGGUGAUAUAACGGACAGAGUAUUCCAGUACUGAUAGAUAUUUUGAACUAUUUUCAAUCACGGAAAGUUAUCAGUAAUUUUUUUACAUUCAGACGGACACCUGUUUUCCAUGACAGCGUCUCGAGAAGUUUGGAACUUUUGAAAAAUAAUGUCAGAAUAAAAUCAUGGAUGACGAGCGAAUAGAUUGGAUACGGCACCAAGUUUAUCUUGGUUUAGACAUUAACGAAACAGAUCUAGAGGUUUUUGAAGAACUAUUAGAUCGUGAUGAUGGUGUUUGGGAAAGAGAGCUGGGGAAAUUUUUGAAUGACACUCCAGAAGAAAAUGAAUCGUCGAUUGUUUUCUAUAAAAUCACGAAGGAGGAAGAAGAGGAAGUAGAAGUUGAAUGUGAGCCUGAGAUUCCGGAUAUAACACAAGAAGAAGAGGCUGCAGAAGGUGAAGGUGGUGAACAAGCUCAGGGCGAUGCAGCACCAGCAGAGGAUGCUGAACCUAAAGAGCAAGCCCUAGGAGUUUCUACUCCCACAGGCGAGGCUGAGGAAGGUGCAAAGAAAGGUGCAAGUGGUAAGAAGAGGCGUAAAGCCAGCACACCAGGAGGUGAGGCCAAGUCUGAAACUCCUACACCAAAACCUGAGGCACCUACACCUGAAGUAGCUGAAUCAAAGAAUGAAGAGGAAGAAGAAGGUGAGGGGGAAGAUCAAGAGGAAGAGGACAAGGCCCCUAGAACAAAAAUAGUUGUGCAGAAAGUGUUGAGAACAUACCUGUACAUGUGUUACCAGCAUCUACCAGAGGAAUUUGCUGAUCAUGAUAGCAUGUACUUUAUACGUAACACACCUGGUAUGGUCCCUCUACCCAACACUAAGGAAGAAGCCCAGGAAAGUUUACCUAACUACUUUGAGAUGGGAAUUUUGAAUGGACAUUCACUUGUCAUGUUGGAGCACAUUAUUGCACAGGUGUACAUGCCCCUGCUAUCAUACAACCAGCACAGAAAUGGUGAAGUAAAAGAGGGCAAAAGUCGCCCAGAGACUCGGACUGACACCCGGGCAUCACAUAAAACUGAAGAGGAAGAUAACAAAGAAGGCGAAAAGAAAGUUAAUGUCGCAGAGUCUCGUGCUAAAGCCAUGUUAAGAGAUGAAUUUCUUAUCAGUAUGCAGAAGUUUUCAGCAAGUAUUACUCGUACUAUUCAGCAGAUUGAGGGAGAAGUAAGACUAGAAGUUCCAGAGAUGGAACUUGGUGACAAUAUUGAUGAAAUUGUAGCCAACUCUGAACUGAUGGACCAGAUUAGAGAAGUUUGUCAUGAAUGGACAAAGCAGAUAAGAGGUGCACUAGAACUCCAGUUGAAGAAAGUCCCACAUGGUAAAGGUCCUUUGGCAGAGAUUGAUUUCUGGAGGGAGCGUAAUGCAGCCUUGAGUGCUCUUACAGAACAGCUAAAAAUCCCACAGGUUGCUAAAAUGUUAGAAGCAUAUUCCCACCUAGAGGCUGACUUUGAUGACGUAAAAUCUGAACUGAAUAAAUAUUAUGUAGAAGCUAAAGACAAUGUCAGAUUUCUUUCAACUCUUGAACGACACUUUAAGAACAUAGCUCAUGGAGCGACAUUUCAGGUAGUCAUAGAAACAAUACCGUCGAUGAUGAAUGCGUUACGUAUGGUGUGGAUUAUUUCCCGACAUUAUAACAAAGAUGAAAGAAUGGUUCCGUUGAUGGAAAGAAUUGCAUGGGAGCUGGCUGAAAGAGUUGAUAAAGUCAUUAACAUCAGGAAUAUCUUCAAAGAUACCACUGAUGAAGUUAAAAGAAGAACUUCUGAGGCAAAGAGAAUGUUGCAGGUAUGGAAGGAAAGUUAUUUUGAGGUUAGAGCAAAGAUUGAGCAGUCUGGACGUGAUCAAAGAUGGGAGUUUGAUAGAAAGAAGCUGUUUGAGAGGACAGAUUAUAUGUCUAAUAUCUGCCAGGACCUCUAUGAUGUUGCUCAGGUGCUAGAAGAGUUUUACAACAUAUUUGGACCAGAGUUGAAGGCAGUUACAGGAGAUCCAAAACGUAUUGAGGAAGUACUUGUGAGAGUUGAUGCCCUUGUAACCCCACUGGAGGAGGUUGCCUUUGAUCCUUUUGUUAUCCGCCACUCCUCUUCAUGGAAGAGUGUUAUGGACCACUUCAACAGGGAGGUUGUUGCCAUUGAAAAUGAAGCAAAGAUGUUUAUAGACGAGUCCUUCCAGUCACUGAGAUCUGCCGAGGGAGCAUUUAAUCUGCUCCUGAAAUUCAAACAUAUCCGAUCUCGUGAAGCCAUCAAUGCUCAGAUGAUGCAGAAGUUCCGUGAUAUCUUGGUACAGUAUCAGAAAGAGGUGGACACUAUGGAGAAUUUGUUUAUGACACAGAGAGAUUCACCACCUCUACACAAGAACCACCCUCCUAUAGCUGGCUCUAUUUACUGGGAGAGAUCCCUGUUUCAUCGUAUCAAACAUGUCAUCAUUAGAUUCCAGUCAAUGGAAGAUAUGAUGCAGAGUGACAUGGGCAAGGCG